ACAAGUGGUACAGCCUCAGCACGGUCAACAAGGCCUUCCAGAGCGCCCUUGCUGGACAGCCAGUCGCACUGAAGCUUGGCAGAGAGAUCACAGAUGAUGAACAAGAAAUAAUGCAGCGCACCAAGCUCCUCAUUGUACACCUCGAGCUGCAACCUCAGGACGAGCGAGUGGCCGCUGUACUACUCUCCUCAGCAUUCAGGGAAAGGCAUGCAGCAAAUCUGACAAUGCUGCGGAGCCUGAACCUCUCUAGGUCAUAUAAGCAGUUCUUUGCAUGCGCGCAUCAAUUCACAUCUCUGCGAAUCCUUGAGCUGACCAGUGGUGAUUAUGGCAAGGCCGCUCAGCCUCUUCUGAUACCUUUCCAGUCCCAAUGGGUGCAGCCACUGGAGAGUUUGCAGGAGCUGACAUUGAAGGGGUACCUGUUGCUUGAGCUGCAGCAUCUGCCAAAGUCUUUGCGGGUGCUUGAUCUAUCGGCGUGCAAGGUGUCUUAUGAGGCUGCUGUAUGCUUGCCGGCCUUGCUGCGCCUCAAGGCGCUUGCCAUUCCCAGCAGCGGAGGGCGCUUCUGUUUUGAGAACCAUGACUCGUGAUGAGUUGAUGUACACUUCUAAUUUUGUGACACUUAUUGUGUACUAGUGAAGUAUAUACAAAGGGCUCUAUUCAUAAAGUGACAAAUCGGUGUAAACAGUCUAGCGUGAUGCUUUUCCAGUGAGAAACCCAAACGUUGAAAGCAUCUCAGGAAGGG